AGCUCAUGCAGCUAAGCAUCCCACGGCCAGGGUCCGACAGUCUAGGAACGAUGGCGUCGCCUGUGGACUGUUUUGAUCAAAGUUCCUGGAACUUUUUCUUUUGGGUUCUUAUUCUGCAACUAAACGGUGGAUUCUGCUCUCAGACUUUAUAACUACGCAAUGAGAGAAAAUAUGCCUGGCAAAGAAAUGCCCAACUUGUGUUCAAAGUUUUCAAGUGUCAGUGUGCAAUCAAAUGGGCUGACCUAACAAGGCUAGCUAAGCUACGGGGAGCUAAAGGUUUGGAAUGCGAUUUAACUGUAACGUAGACUAGUCAACUGGCAGGCAAACAGGCAGAACUUUGACGCCAGUAAGUGAAUGUUUCUAUGGUAUGUUAUUGGAUAGUAUCGUCGUUCAUGAACGGAGUUUGUUAGUUUAAUGGAUCUUGCAGGUGAUCUUGUAGCACCUGAGAAACCUCAUAGCUCGAUAGAUAAUUCAGGAGCCAUUUCACCAGCUAGUACUAGCAGAGAUAGCUAAAGUCUUGAAAAAACCCUUGCAGGUUGUUUAGUCAGCUGUUUUUUUCCCAUGGACCAAGGAAAGACAAGUUAAAAUAGGCUACCAAAACAAAACAUUAUUCUCAUGCUAGAAAUAUGAAGUAAAAAAAAAAGUUCAAAGCAGUUAGCUUUGUUUCAGUAUUGACCCACAAAGGCACCUUUUACAGAGUGGCGACGUGGAUUUCAAGCAAGCUAUCUAGAUAGUUUCUGACUCGCUCGCUCUUAGCAGGCAGCACAGGACUUUGGAACACGUACGACCCAGGGCUGUACAUCCCCCCCUCUUGCUCAGUCCGUGGCGAUAUAAUUUGCCCUGAGCUUCGCACAAACUCGGCUAAUGCGUUUUCGGAAAAAGUGAAGUUGUCUGUUAUUAUUUUAGGGUAGAUUUUGCAUCAACAGCUGUGCAUCAUAUGGUGCGGCUACAGUCACCAAGAAAUGGAUGUCUCGUUGGCCGGUUCCCCAAACGGUGACGGGCGGCCACACAGCAGUGGAGACCAUGCGUGGACGGAGUCCCCCUCUGCAAGGGCUUGGGCUCACUCUGCUCCGCUGUGUCCCCGCUCGCUCUGGACUGCCAUUUACGACUACGAUGGUACCGGAGAAGACGAACUCAGUCUGCGACAAGGGGAUGUCGUGGAAGUACUCUCUAAGGACGCAGCGAUAUCAGGGGAUGAAGGAUGGUGGACGGGUAAAAUUAACCAUCGAGUGGGGAUUUUCCCCGCAAACUAUGUUACCUAUCAACCUGCUAUUUACAGACUUCCCGCCGGUGGCACGGUGGGGGUGCGGGAACGUGUCCCCAUCGCUCCUGUUCCAAUAGUUUUCACUGAACUGGUUUUAGAAGAAAUCAUUGGUGUGGGCGGAUUCGGUAAAGUUUACCGAGGGACAUGGAAAGAUCAAGAAGUUGCUGUGAAGGCAGCCCGGCAAGAUCCGGAUGAGGAUAUCACAGCAGCGGCAGACGGUGUGAAGCAAGAGGCAAAACUGUUUUCUAUGCUUCAACAUCCCAACAUUAUAAAACUGGAAGGGGUCUGUCUUGAUGAGCCAAACCUGUGUCUGGUGAUGGAAUAUGCGCGUGGAGGGACCUUGAACAGGGCUUUGACAACCGGCAAAAUCCCCCCUCACAUUUUGGUCAACUGGGCGGUACAGAUCGCUCGAGGCAUGCACUACCUACACGAGGAGGCUGUGGUGCCUAUCAUUCACCGAGAUCUGAAAUCAAGCAACAUUUUACUACUUGAGAAGAUAGAGAACGAUGACAUCGGGAGGAAGACGCUCAAGAUCACAGACUUUGGCCUGGCGCGGGAGUGGCACAAGACCACCAAGAUGAGCGCUGCCGGCACCUACUCUUGGAUGGCGCCUGAAGUCAUCAAGUCCUCGCUUUUUUCCAAGGGCAGUGAUGUCUGGAGCUACGGUGUUCUACUGUGGGAGCUGCUGACAGGCGAGGUGCCGUACCGGGGGAUAGACGGCCUGGCGGUGGCCUACGGUGUGGCCGUCAACAAGUUAACCCUUCCCAUCCCCUCCACCUGUCCCGAACCCUUCGCCAAGCUUAUGGAAGAGUGCUGGGACCAGGACCCUCACGUGCGUCCCUCGUUCGCCUGCAUCCUGGAGCAGCUGAGCGCCAUCGAGGAGGCCGUGAUGGCCACCAUGCCCCAGGACUCCUUCCACUCCAUGCAGGAGGACUGGAGGGUGGAGAUCCAGGAGAUGUUCGACGAACUCCGCACCAAAGAGAAGGAGCUGCGUUCCCGGGAGGAGGAGCUGACGCGGGCCGCCCUGCAGCAGAAGUCCCAGGAGGAGCUGCUGAAGCGCCGCGAGCAGCAGCUGGCCGAGCGAGAGAUCAACGUCCUGGAGAGAGAGCUCAACAUCCUCAUCUUCCAGCUCAACAAGGACAAACCCAACGUCAAGAAGAGGAAGGGCAAGUUCAAACGCAGCCGGCUCAAACUGAAGGACGGCAACCGCAUCAGUCUACCCUCAGACUUCCAGCACAAGAUCACUGUGCAGGCCUCGCCCUCCAUGGACAAGAGGCGGAGCCUCAACAGCACCAGCUCUAGCCCCCCCAGCAGCCCCAUCCUCAUCCCACGCCUACGGGCCAUCCAGCUGUUCUCGCGUGUCGAGAGUGUCAGAAGAGACAGUAUGUAUGUGUAUCACCAGGACGUAGACCUGACCAACGAGCUCACACACUCCGCAGGGGUCAGGAAGACAGUGACCCUGGACGAGAGCAACAGGACGUGGGGGCGGAGCACCAACUACCAGCUGGAGGAGUUUGAGGACGUGAAGAAGGGCAUCAAGAAGAAGGGGAGGACCUGGGGCCCCUCCUCCGUCCAGACCAAGGACCGGCCCGCCUGCGCUGAGAGAGUGCGCCCGCUGUCGGAUGGCAACAACCCCUGGUCCACCAGCCUGCUGAAGGGCCAAAAGGCUGUGCCUCUCGCGGCUUUGUUUGCAGAGCAAGGGACCAACAAGGACGAGGCAGGCUCUCCAGAAAUCUUAGACGGCACCUCUUCUAAACCAAAGCAACUGAAGUUCCCCAACCAGGUGUACAUAGAUCUACCUCGGUGGAAGGACGAGCAGGCGCUGCUGGGCCUGGGAGGAGAGGCGGGGGGAGGGGACAGCCAGGACGACCCCUCCACCACCUCCACCUCCUCCGCCAGCACCACCCCCCAGCACACCCCCACCAACAGCCUGAAGAGGGCGCUGGCCCGCCGACGGACAGACACGGUGCUCUACAGCUGCGGUGCUUUGCUGGCCUCCGUGGCGCUCGGGUUUGACCUCCGGGAGUCGCUCAAGGCCCCGCCCCCCGCCGAGGAGGCGGAGCUCCGGGAGGAGAAAGAGAAGAAGAAAAAGGAGGGCUUGUUCCAGCGAGCCACGCGUUUCCGCCGCAGCACCUCCCCGCCCCCUGGGCGGUCCCGGAAGGAGGAGGCGGGGCUGUCGCCGUCAGGGAACACACCUGGGCCCGUCAACCUCCUGUCCAUGUCCUCCAUCUUGGAAUGCCACUCCACCAAGUGUCUGCUGCAGCCGGGGCCGACGGAGGGAGGGGAGAGCAGGCCCUCGGUCAGUCUGCCAGACGACCCCAGCCCCCUGUCCCCUCCGGAGGGCCAGAGCACUGGGACUGCACCCAACGCCCAACCUGUAACCCCAGAGCCAGAGGCCCAGCCUCCAGCACCAGUCUCCAGCCUCUCAACAGCCUCACGUCUGAGGAAGAAGAAGUCGAUUGCCAGCCAGAACACUAACGGUACGUCCAGCUCCCACCCCUCCACCCCAGCCCCUCCGGCCGUAGCCCCCCAGAAGAAGAAGCAGGAAAAGGAGAAGGAUAGUCCAGCACAGAAGCCCGUGAAAGGGGAGCCGGCGCCCCGGCCCAGGCCCCUGUCGCUGCGCGGGAAGCCCCACUCCUGGGGCCUGCUGAGGGGCCGCAACAAGAGCUACUCUCUGGGACACUAUUCUGGUGAGAAGAGCGCGCGCAACCUCAACAUGGUGCUUUCCUCUGAGGGGGGCGGGGGGUGCUCCCUCCUGGACGUGGACACAGAGGGGCAGAAGCGGGACUGCACCGUCCCCCUCUGCCGCAUCCAGAGCUCACCCGGGCGCCCUUCUGUCUUUGAACUGGAGAAGGAGUUCCUGUCUUAGCUCUGGAUUUGGGGCUCGCCAAGCUGCCUUGACCCCCACAGCGAGUCGAACACAGCUGGAACGCAGACGCAAGAAUACAAAAUGGAAAACCGACACACCACCUCCACCGUGUUCCAGUGUGCUAGCACACAGCUUUGUUUCAGAGUUCUAGAGCCUAUCCUCGUUCCAGAGUUGUAGUAACGCACCAUAGUUCCACCGUUCUACAACACGGCCUCAUUCCGGGGUUCUAGAACACACCUGGAGCUGACGCGGAAUCGUUCCAAGAAUGGGAACUUUCCAGAGUUGAGCGGAAACUCCUUCACCAGCCAUUCCAGGGCAGCCCUCCCUUCUCCCUGCACACAGAUCACUGCUGCUGCAGCUACAGGAUCUCUGUCAUGCAUUCACCUUUUAUUUAUAUCUGUAUAUGUUGAUAGGUAAUUUAAUAUGAAGACUGUACCCUAGCAUCAGGUUUGUCAUACAAUGAAGGAAUACGUUCCAUUGUUUUGUUGGAGAAUGGUCAAGACGUUGUGAUGUGUACUCACACUGGUGUAGAUCAACGACAACUUCAUACAAAAAAAAGUUGAACAAAAUAAUUAUGAUUUUGCCUGUAAAUAUUUUUUGUCCAUUUAGAUUUUAUGUUGGUGAUUAUGUUAUUCUGUUAUCUGAUUGUUUUUACGUGACCAAUGCAACAGUGUUCAGAAUCUACCAGGUCAGAGAAGUGCAUAUCUAUCUCCUGGGGACAGUUUUGGACCAGACUAUUUGCUGGAUUACAAUGUUCAGCUGGAGUGGCAGUUGGUGACUGGGUCAUUGAACACUGGAACGACUAGUACUGAACAUCCAGUCAGAACGUCUUAUCACUAUUGAACUGCAACACUGUUAAAAACUACUGGAUGAGUACUAGUUCCUGGUACUAGUUGGACCUUUCCACUGGAGGAUGCAAUACCACUGUUUUACAAGGCUUUUAGCUGCUAUUGGCUAGUUUUAAUUAAACUCAGUUUGACUCUAGAUUUAUAGGUUCUUUCAACUUUGUUAAACCCUAUAAUGUCUGAAAGAACCAAGACUUAAGUCCAAUAUCAAUUUGAUGUUGCAAUUGUGGAUACAAAUAUUUUAUUUUACAACCGCAUUGAUAAAGUAGUAAUGAUGAUCUUAAAUGCCUAACAAAGCUCAUAAAAGCAUAAGUUCCUUGAAAAUGAUAAGCUAUCCAUCAUGAGGACCAUUGUUUCACCCAGUACAGCUAGACCCUGUGUAAUGUGAACGUAUUGCAAACGUUCAAUGUGUUCACAAUGUCUUCAGUUGUGUUCAGUCAGUAGUUCUUGCAUGUGCAGCAGUACAAUGGUACCAGAAUGGAAGAUGCUGAUUUUAUUUUAUUUUUUAUAUGUAUAAUUCAGUCCCCUUAUUUAAUUAGGAGAUUUUGAAUCGUCUACUGUAACAGUCCAGCUAUGACCUCAAACCUAGGGAGAGUCCCUGUGUUUCCCCUCAGUCGACGUUGAAAAGUUGUUCCUUUCAGGAUGGAAUUCUAUUUCUCUGUACUCACGUACAGAUGUCUUGGGAAAAAUAGCUUGUAAUUUUAAAACCCUCCUGCCUAAAUCCAUUUUAUUUUGUGUUGUUUACAAAAAAGAUUACUGUUUACAAAGAAUGAUGAAUGUUUGUUGGAUUAGGCUUCUUUAGUACUACUGAAAUCAGCACUUUGUGUUAAAAGCAAACUGCAUACUCCUCUGCUGGUUCACGUCAGUUGUGUAUAUUUGACAGACUACUGCUGCAGAGUACAAUACACUGCCUUUGAGAUCCCAUUUUAAUGCAUGCCCAUAACCUGAUUGUAUUGGGGUCCUUGUUAUUUCCCAACAAUAUGCUUUGAGGGUCAUUAUGGGGAAGAGACACGUUAUCAAGUAUAAACUUAUUGGAAGAUGUGAACAUGAGAUUUGUAUGUUUUUGUAUUAUACAGUUUGACAGUAUUGACCAAAUAAGGUGGUUAUUUUUCAUGUACAUCCUCCCAAUCAUCAGCUCUUUGAAAAUGUGUCUCUCUGAAUCAGGUGUAGCAUUAGUGCCUAAUGAUCAAAUGCUCAAAUAUAUGGUUUGAUUCUGAUCUUGAACAACUUUGAAUAGUGAAAUGGUACUUUGUUAACAGUUCAUAUUUGAUUGUUUGAAUGAAUGAAAUGCUUACUUAUGAAAAAUACUUUCAAAUGUUGUUAAUGAGUAUUGUACGUGUGGUUGAACCUGUCGGAUCAGACGCAGUACUCAUUCUAGUUUCAUAAAAACCUUGGUGUUGGAGUAUGCUCCGGUACCUAAAGUAGUUUCCCUCUUUUGGCUCUGAAAUAUGAUCCUAAACCUACAGUGAGAAAAACGGCAUAUAGCGUUUCUUCAGCUUCCUUCAUGGCGGUACUGUAAACCGGUAACAGACACGCAUACUUCUUCACUUUUAAAAGUCAAUACAUUCCUACUGCUGUGAACACUCUGGAAGGUUCCAUUGUCUUGGAACAGACCCCAGUCGUUUCUCCAAAGCUCCAGCUCUGCACACACCAUGAGAGGCUGGUAUCCACACUGUGUUGUUAACCAACCGUUUGGUUUGUGAAAUGAUAUACUUGUCAAAUUGACGGAAAUGUAUUUUAUAUAAAAACAAGCUGAUUUGUUACGUAGUACCGUGUAUAUAUUAUGUAUUUGUUUUAGUGUCUCAUUUUAGUUUCUUCUUUUUUUCUCUGUUAAAUGAAUCUACGGUAACUUCUGCUUUGACUAAGUUGAUUUGAAUUAUUUUGUAUACGUUAUUCUUGAUUAUUCAUGUAUCAUACACCUUCUUUGUGAGCAGGACUCCUAAUGAUCCCAGUCUGUGGCCUUCUGUUACAACUCAAACCCAGCCCAAACUGAGAAUAACUUAACUGUAUUUCAUCAGUGCUGAAAGGAUGUCUUGGGGUACUAGAUUUUGAAAUGUGAACAUAACUAUGAAGUGUGUCUCUCCGUAUAGGCUGGUGGAUGGCCCAUAGGGAUGGUGUUGAAGAUAAACAUACAGUGUAGAAUACACAUGUAGCCUAGAAUGAAGGAGACUAUUGUUAAUGACUCGCACAGGUAUGACUGUCAGAUCUGUACUGUCGUCUGAGAGAAGUCUGCAGAGAUUUUUCUAGAACUGUCCCUUGUAUAAAUCAACCACAAUAAAGAUCUCUUCAAGGAUAUUUUUGACAAA